GAACUUCAGCCAGAAAUCAUUUCAGUAUCAUCUGUCCAGACAGGAGACACGAGAAAAACAAUCUGCGCUACACUUCCUUUGAAUUAGCAAAACUUGACAUAGAAAGAUGCGAAAGCAUAGGAAUAGAAAUCGGUCAUCAGCAACCUCAAGAAGAGAGGAAAUGAAAAGAGCACCUGUUGACUCAAAGCUACAACCCAAUGACGUGCUGACCAGCAGUUUGAGUGAGUACUUGCUUCAGCACUUCAUGUUUGACGGCUUCUUCAGCAGAGUUGCUCAGUGCCAAGACAAAGACACCAAAGACACUGUGGCCCUCAAGAUCCUCAAGGAGAAGAAUAACGGUUCUCAGAAGCCCAACAAAGAGUUGGCCAUGCUGAAAAUGGUCCGUGGUCUUGAUCCGGUCAACAUCGUUCGAUUCUAUGAGGGUUUUGAAUACAUGGGCAAGACAUGUCUUGCAUUUGAAAUGCUGGACAAGAAUCUCCACCAGCUGCUGAAGGAGAAACGCGGCAACCCUCUCUCUCUUCAGCAAAUCAGAUCCAUCACACAACAGCUGGUUGCCGCACUUAGAGCUCUGAAGACUGUUGGUGUGAUUCAUACAAAUAUCACACCGCAAAACAUCAUGCUGGUUAACCAGAAAGAAACACCCUUCAGAGUCAAACUCAUUGACUUUAGUUCAGCCAUCAAAGCUACUGAAGUCAAGCGUGGUGUCAUCAUGCAGCCUGUUGCAUACCGGUCUCCUGAAGUGAUACUGGGUCUUCCCAUCUCAGAGGCUGCAGAUAUGUGGUCUCUGGGUGGUGUCCUGGCAACCCUGUACCUUGGCAGCUUGCCGUUCCCUCAGCGCUGCCAGUAUUACCUGGUGAAAACUAUGGUGCAGACACUGGGUCAGCCGGAGGACCAGGUCCUAGAUGACGGCACCCAUACGUUGCUCUAUUUUAGCCAGAACCAGGACUCCACAAAGCCAGCAUGGAGGCUUAAGACGGCUGAUGAGCACAAGGCUGUGACUGGCUUCCCGCCCCAAAAUCACAGCGGCUCAACCAGGUUCAGCAGGCUGGAUGACCUUGUGAUGCUGUACCCACAGGCAGAGAAGAUUGGGGAAAAGACACAGUUUGUUUGCCUGCUGAAGCAGAUGCUGUGUCUGAAUCCUCACAGGAGAAUAACCCCAAGUGAUGCCCUGAGUCAUCCGUUUACAACCAUGAGCCAUGAACAGGGUGACGAUGAUGACUCCAGCUCUUAUGAGACGUCCUCACCUGCUCUUACGAGUCAUCAAGAGCCACAAGAUGAUGGUGGCUCAGCGGCAGUGGACAUAGUUGCCAUCUCGAUAGAAAGAGAUGGAGACUCUGCUGAGACUGAAUCAAGAGAUGAAGAUUCAGAUGAAAGUCCCUCCAAUGGUAGAGUUUUGGAUGAUGAAGCUGCAGUCACCUCUGCCUCCACAUCUACUGCACCUCUACCGACUGACCUGUAUGACGCUGUUUCAGCUGACAAAGGUCCAGUCACCACAUCUGCAACUGAUGGAGUUUCAACUCCACCUCCAACAGAUGACUCAGAUGCUGCUGCUAGUGUAGCUGAUGAAGCCACAGUCACCUCUGCCUCCACUGAUGAAGCUUCAACAGCAUCUCCUAAGACUGGCCUGUAUGACGUUGUUUCAGCUGACGAGGGUACAGUCACUCUAUCUGCAGCUGAUGAGGUUUCAGCCUCACCUCUGACUGCUGACUUGAAUAAUGUUGAUUCAAGUGAAGAAACUGAAAGUCGCUCAAAUGGUAGAGAUCCAGAUGAUGAGUCCCCAAAUGGCGCCACUGUUGCAGCUGAUGAAGCUGUAGUCACCUCUGCCUCCACAAAUGAAGCAUCUACCUCACCUGUACUGACUGACCUGUAUGAUGCUGUUUCAGCUGACGAAGGCACAGUCACCACAUCUGCAACUGAUGGAGUUUCAACUCCACCUUCAACAGAUGACUCUGAUGCUGCUGCUAGUGCAGCUGAUGAAGCUGCAGUCACCUCUGCCUCCACAAAUGAAGCAUCUACCUCACCUGUGCUGACUGACCUGUAUGACGCUGUUUCAGCUGACGAAGGUAUAGUCACCACAUCUGCAACUGACAGAGCUUUAACUGCACCUCUAAGAGAUGACUCCGAUGCUGCUGCUGGCGCAGCUGAUGAAGCCACAGUCACCUCUGCCUCUACUGAUGAAGCUUCAAUAGCACCUCUCAAGACUGGCCUGUAUGACACUGUUUCAGCUGACAAAGGUCCAGUCACUGUGUCCUCAGCUGACGAAGCCUCAGCUACACUUCCAGAGACUGACACAGAUGAAGUUGGUCCAGCUGAUGAACGUACAGUCAUGGACUCUGAUGGAGACUCAGCCACUGGCUCCCGAAACACUCGGAGGAAGCCGCUGAAAAGGAUCAAGAGAUUCUUCGGCAGGAUGUUUAGAGCCCUGUGCUGCUGCUGUUGCUCUGUACAUGUUGAGGAAUAA